AUGGACGUGAUAGCUCAUUGCAGAGUGUAUCCGCUAUCAACCUUUUAUAGCCCCACACAGAUCCACAUCAAUAGCAUACUGCGGGACAAUUAUGGUAACGUUGUGGACGGGGAAGAUGGCACGCUGGUAGAAAAUGUUGGAUAUCUCCAUUUGAUCGAGCAUAGAUUUGUGCUGUCUACUUUUAAAUCGAAAUUGAUGCGCCAGAUUUUGGAGCAGCUGCCGUCGCAAACGGCGACGUUGAUCAUUGAUAUCGUGUCCGGUUGGAAAGAGUUUUCGACAACAAUAAACGUUGAUGAAAAGCAGAUCUUUUACAUGAAUUCACCGUCUCUGUUGCACUUUGAUACGCUGAUCAAUUUCUUGGUGCAACUCAACGAAGAUCCGGAGGAAGCAUUGCGAAGAUGCAGCUCGGGUUACUCGGUGGAUUUGCAGCUGGCGACUAUAGUGCUGGACAACAUAUCAUACUACACGCAUGACAAUGCGUCCUAUCAUCUACUAUUUAAAGUCUUGCGUAUGCUGCGGCAGAAUUACGGUUGUGCAGUGGUUACCGUCGGAUAUGGUCUGGAAUACUACGAUGGCGUGGAAAAGUACAGCGAGUCGCGUCAAAGUUUUGAUAUACCUACGAGACUACCCAUGUCAUACGUCAAGAACAUGGAUUGUGUUCUCGUUCGAGACACGGACACUUCAGCUAGAGUCGUGCUUGGUGGUAGCGGCGUGCCCUAA